AAUACAUUUCUCUUGAUGUGUGUUCUCUUCUUUAGCUUCUUUCAACCAAACACUACUUAGUUUACACACUUAACAUGGAAGACCAAUGUAGCCCUCUUGUCUUGCCUUACUUUUUCCAAGAAGAGGGAAUCGAGGAGCUCAAACAUUCUCUGUUGUAUACGACGUUGGAGUUAGAGAACACAGUUGUUUGUGCUCGUGAUGAGAUUGCGAAGAAAGAUGAAGAAAUCGUGCGGCUGAGGAAUCUGUUGGGGAGGAUUGUGAAGGAGAGGGAUGAAGCUAUGGAGGAAUGCCGGAGGUUAGGGUUAGAGAAACAGCUUCUCCGGCAGCAGGUGAAUCUGCAGAUUCUAAGGCAACGCGGCGGCGUUGUGGAGCUCCGGCCGCCUUCUACGGCGGCGGAGACGGCGAGCAAUGAAGAUCAGUCGUCGGAUUCCGAGGAAAACAUUAAUGCUGGUGACGGUCAACGCUCGUCAACGCCGCCGGCGCCGCCGUCUGCGGCGGCGACGGCGAAGUUGGUGGGAAUUGACGUGACGGAAAAAAUCGCGCCGAAAAUGCCGUUGCCGGAGAAGGGGAAAUUCUUGCAGGCGGUGAUGGAAGCGGGGCCGUUACUGCAAACUCUCCUCCUCGCCGGACCUCUCCCGGAGUGGCAACACCCGCCGCCUCAGCUCAACUCCGGCGACAUCCCGCCUGUCACAAUUUCCCCCUCCGCCGCUUCCUCCGCCGCCACCGGCGGCAUGGGUUAUUUCAGCAAGAAGAGGCCGGCAAAUGGCGCGUGCGAUUCUUCUCCAUCUCCCUCAAAGUACCAAAAAGCCCUAAACCAAAUAUCGCCAUUAAUGACCACCAACAUCAUCUCUGCUAGCUAACGGCGCGUGCAUCAAUUCGCCUCCAUUAUCAUUACUAUAUAUAUAUAUAUAUUAACCAGAAAGCAUACAUAUAUCCAUCCUUGUCAUACUGUUAAAAACAUUCUGGGAAAGUUACUCAGAAUGACGUGGAUGGUAUCAUGCAUGCAUCCAAUUAGGAAGAACCAAAAAAAAAAAAAAAAAAACAAAAAGAAAAGAGAUUGUUUAGGAUUAAUUAGUAUUGGUUUGUCUUAGAAACUAAGCAUCCUUCAUUACUAAUUUUAGGAGAGAGACAGAGCUUUAGAUCGAAGGCCUAAUUAUGAAUGGCCUUUUGAUUUGUUUCUCCUUCAACCAUAUAUGAAUCCCACUAAUACUAUGGUUUGGAAAUCAAUUCAAUCCUUUAAUUUUACAAA